AUGGGGGAACGCGAAGAAGGGGUUUCCGGGCGGGAGGACCGGGGAGGCAAACAAAGAGGAGGCGAGGGAGUGAAAGGGAGCGACCGAGACAAGGACGGCCAGGAGGGCGGAUUGCUCGGCGAUAUGACGUUGAGGGCUGGAGAGAACGAAGCAGACGGGACGGCGAUCAAGGCUGUUGAAAAAGUGGCUGCCGUGCCUGGUCGCGGAUGCGGCGCCCUGGAGGGAUCGGGAACACACGCGAGACACGCGAUGGGCAGAGGAACAAGCGCAGGCGGAAAGCGGAAGGCGGGAAGACAGACGGGAGGGUGGGAAAUUUUCGACCUUGGCUUGGGGCCGGUCCAUAGGCCAGGAAUCCUGGAAACGGGAAGAGUGUCGCUGCUGGCUGGAGGGGAUUCUGGAACGGAGCAGGGCAACAGGCAGGGAACCAAGGGACGCAGAGGCACGAUGGGCGGUGAUGGGCCGGUUGGGUGCGGUUGGGCGUCUGGCGGCGCUGAGUCGCCAGCUGGGCAGGGCGGCCCAACGCGCCAACGACCCGUGGACAUGGACGAGGGCCCUUCUGCUGGGCCCCAUCGCAGUUCCAUGGGGAUCAGCUGCUGGUGGCCAGCCGGGUUGGGCGCCGUUUGGAACUCAAGGGCCGCCCUGGCCCAAGGCUGCAUGCGAUGGAUAGGCGCGGACGGAGACGCGGACGGGGCCGGGGACGGGGGACGCAGGCCCGGCUACGGCUACGGAUCGUGGGCUAGGGUGGCCGGUACUAGCCCGUACCGUACGGCGGCAAACGGUAUCCUUACAGCCUCGUACCACUGUCAUCAUAGGCGGUCUGCCACACGCAGCGCCCUCUGCUCCAGACUGCACAGAGCAAUGACAGGGCAUUUACACGCUUACAGCGCAGCCCAUGUGGGGAUCCUCGUCUGGUAG